GUUAUAUUAAAUUGAAACCCUAGUUAUAUAUAUUUUCAUCUUCUCCUUCAAUUCCAUCUUCCUUACAGGUUUCUGAAGAUCGCCGCGUCAGAGUUCUCUUAUCUCAAUUUCUUCAUCCGAUCUGCCGAUUUCUUUCAGCCAUGUCGAAGAGAAAGAACAGAGAGCCUAAGGAAGAAACCGUAACUCUUGGCCCUGCUAUUCGUGAGGGAGAACUUGUUUUUGGCGUUGCACACAUCUUCGCAUCCUUUAACGACACAUUUAUCCAUGUGACCGAUUUGUCUGGACGUGAAACACUUGUCCGCAUUACUGGUGGGAUGAAGGUGAAAGCUGACAGAGAUGAAUCAUCUCCAUAUGCUGCUAUGCUUGCAGCUCAAGAUGUUUCUGUUAGAUGCAAGGAACUUGGAAUAACUGCUCUUCAUAUCAAGCUCCGAGCCACUGGUGGAAACAAAACCAAAACCCCUGGUCCUGGUGCACAAUCAGCCUUGAGGGCUCUUGCCCGUUCAGGCAUGAAAAUUGGCCGCAUUGAGGAUGUUACUCCAAUUCCCACUGACAGCACUCGCCGAAAGGGUGGAAGGAGAGGAAGGAGGCUGUAAACCUAUGGAAUUAUUUAUAUUUUCACAUCAUGUUUUAGUUGAAAAAACAUUUGCAAUUGAAGGUUUCUUCUUUUAUCAUCAGAUUGGAAUUUUGUGAACUAGUAGUUGUUUUUUCCUCAGCUAAUCUUGAACAUGUUCUAUAUAUCUGAAUUUAUUUUGAGAUAAUGUUUUGUUAGAUCUUUAUGCAAUUUUAUGUUUUGU